AUGCACCUUCUACAGUGGUUCCUGUUACCCCAGAAACUGGCGGGUGGGAGACCACGUCUGCAGCCAGGUCCUCAACAAGCAGAGCUCCUCUCCAUGGGUACCUCGGGUUUCUUUCGUUGGCCCGCACCGCUGGCCAGAAUGUGCACGGCGCCGUGGGGACUCGGGCUUCGGGGGACGCCAGCGCUGUUAGCCCCGGGAGCGGCAGUCACCGCGGUCCAGAUGGCAGGCAGGAGGGACCGCCCCGCUCUGCUGCCUCCCCUGGAUGAGAGUGACCUUGAAGAGCAGUUCGUGAAAGGGCACGGUCCGGGGGGCCAGGCAACCAACAAAACCAGCAACUGUGUGGUGCUGAAGCACAUCCCCUCGGGCAUCGUCGUCAAGUGCCAUCAGACAAGAUCAGUCGAUCAGAACAGAAAGCUAGCCCGGAUAAUCCUACAAGAGAAAGUGGAUAUUCUCUACAACGGCGAAAACAGUCUUGUCUACAAAGAAAAACGGGAGGCAGAGAAGAAAAAGCAAGAGAGGAAAAAAAGAGCAAAGGAAACUCUAGAAAAAAAGAAACUCCUGAAAGAACUGUGGGAAUCAAGUAAAAACGUCCACUGA